AUGGUUGCGUUCACGAGGUUUCUGCUUUCCAGCGCGGUGCUGAUAUGGGGAGCCGCUUCAGUCCAAGUCCCUCAACAGACAUUAAUUGACAUCGUCACAAAAACACCGUCAUGUGCUAUGAAAUGCUUUACCGACGCAAUUACUUCACGAAAUUUUGCGCGGAACUUGACGCUCUUCUCCUUGUGCAAGGACUACCCCAUGGAGAACCGCAGUGCCGACGUCAUCAACAUUGCCAUUAUCGGAUUUGUUGUCACAGUACCCGUUGUGGUCAUACGGAUAUUAUCGAGGCUAUACAGCUCAGGCUCGCGACUCGGAUUCGGCAUACAUAUCUGGGUCAUUGAAGAAGCCCCAGGCCUCUCGCUAUUAAAAUACUUCUGGGUCGGUCAGAUGAUGUACAUCGUCGUCCAAGUUUUUGCCAAAAUAUCCAUUUUAAUUCUGUACAUUCGACUAUUCACCACGCCAUGGUUCCAGAUGUUUUGCAAAUGCAGCAUGGUUUUCAUGGGCCUGCACGGCGUCGGAUACUUGGUCCUCGUCAUCUUUCAGUGCACCCCAGUCGCCGCAGUGUACAAUCGACAAAUCCAGGGUAUGUGUAUCGACUUCAACCCGAUCGUCUACUCGGGUGCUGCGUUGAGCGUGUUCGAGGAUGUGGUCCUGGUGGUGAUACCGAUUCCCGAACUCUGGAGUCUGCGGUUGAACUUUAAGAAAAAGAUGGGGUUGAUGCUAAUGUUUGCCAUUGGCCUUGUCGCUACGGUUACGAGCAUCAUCCGGAUCAACUAUCUGGUCAAGAUUGGGUUUACAUAUGAUCAGUCAUGGGACAACGUGGACCCAAUAACGUGGUCCGUAAUAGAAGAGUUCUGCGCCAUCAUCUGCGGCAGCCUGCCUUCGUGCCGAGCAAUCGUCAACGCAUGGAUACCACGGAUAUGGUCCUCGGUCGACCACUCAGACGUAGGCAACAGCCUGGACGUACAAAGGGACAACGCCUUUGCCCGAUCUGAAAAGGCGCUCGGCGGCGCACCGCAGACCGCGCGACGGAAUCGCUUCUCGCUCUAUCGACUCACAACCGAGAUCGAUCCAUUAGAUCUGGACUUUCGCCAGUCCGGCGGCAGGUGGAAGAGCUGUGCUUCGGCCGUGGGGAUGGACAGCGAGGAAGGGCUGGGCAAGGUGGAAGAAAUGUCCAUCUGCUCAGACACGAAGCGCGCUUCUGAGGGACUGAAGCGGAGGACCGAGGUCGGCGCAAGUCCAGGCGGUCCGGACAUGGUGAGCGUGCCGAUACACAGCCCGGGCGAGGUGAUUGAGAUGUCGCGGCGCGCCAGCACCAGCGUCCUGCAUCAAUCCGUCGCUGAGACGCUUUUUCGGUACUCGAUGGCGCCGUCCACGCGUUCUAACCGCUCCUAUUCCGUCAUCGGCACCGCGUGGGUGGCGCCCGACGCCACUGUCGAAGGUGGCGUCAGCCACAAGGCGCUGGCGUGGGAUAUUCCCGCCGUGCCGGAUCUGCCGACCGACAAGAUUGUGUGGCCGCUGCCGUCGAGCUUGGAGACCUCUGUUGAGGCUGAAGCCGAGUUCAGUGGCCCGAUAAGAGAGCGCCUCGCCAGCGACGGCAGCAUCAACACGGACCUGGGGAGCGAGGCGGAGGAAAAAAGUGAUUUUAUGGGCAGUGCGCGUAAUUCUCGUCAAGGGCUGCCUGGUGGUCUUAUCUAA